UCGUUUGUGCGUGGGUAUUCCCGAAGGUUUUUCCUGACUGAUCUGCGCAAACGAAAUCAGCCUUACACUGCUCAUCACUAUUUUGAAAAACAAGUGUCAGGAGCCCAUGUUUUGUUUCAAAAUUUAAGGAGUCUGCAUGUUUUUGGUGCAUUGCUGCAUGUUAUGGUGUAAUUUUACAGUCCAUGGAUGAAGUAGGGAACAGUGACUGUCGGCAAACAUGGCUGAGUGCUCUUGGAAGUUGUGCGAAUUAUUCGGACAGCACUACAUUUUGAUGUGACACUAACAGCUGCCUUGACCAACAACUGCAGCGUAGUUGGCAGUUUUAGUGACUUUACACGUUUAUUUCAAAUGACUGGAGAAGUGAAAAGAUAGAUCCGAUUUCAAAGCGAAGUGAAAACAGAGAACUCAUUGACUGAUUCACAGAGGGGCACGAAACACACAUCUCUACAAUGUCACGAUGGACAGUACUAGUACAGAAUUCCGAGGCAAUGAAAAAGAUGCAGGAGGUAUAUGGACAGCACUUUCCAAUUGAGGUUCGCUAUUUUUUGUGCCAGUUCAUCGAGGAGAGGGAUUGGCAUUCAAUUGAUGUGAAGGAUCCAAACAAUGAGGUACAGGCCAAGGCGAUUUUGAAUGAGUUUUUGACUCACUUGCAAACUAAGACACAGGAACUAACAGGAGAUAACCUUUUCCCUGUAAGAAUGCGCCUUGAACACGCCAUUACCACUUUUCAGGCAUUGUACCAGGAGAACGCACUUGGUUUUGUUGGGACUGUGCGAGAUUGUCUGGACAAGGAAACAAUGAUUCUGGAAGUGCUACGUCCUGAGUCGCCAGAGGAAAUGGAUGAUGAAUCUGAACAACCUAAAACAGCUGGCAAGAUAAUUCAGGCAGAGCUUGAAGAACUGACUAAAAAAACUAUGAAUGCAGAACAAAAAUUGAAAGAACUGCAAAACAAGCAGGAAUAUUUUAUUAUCCAGUACCAGGAAAACAUUAAAAUAUCAGGACAUCUUGCAGCAGUGCAGAAGGAACCAGCUACCAGAGAAAGACAAGACAAAGAAGCCAUUUUGAGAAGACAGAAGGAGCAGGUGGAGAUGAUGUUGUCUCAACAGGCUCAACAGCUUUUACAUUACAGAGUUAAACAAAUAGAUUUGUAUGAAAAAGCCAUUCAAGCUCUUGAGGUGGUUCAGAAGCAAGUUCUUGAUGAGGAACUUAUUGGAUGGAAGCGUCAACAGCAACUUGCUGGCAAUGGCUUAAGUCUUGAUGAAGACAGUCUUGAUGACCUUCAGCAGUGGUGUGAGCGCCUGUCGGAGGUGAUAUGGAGCAUAAGACAGCAGAUUAAAAAGCUUGGAAUUCUCAUUGCCCAGCUACCAAUCAAUUUACCAGAUGGCCAAAAAAAUCUGUUGCCCGAACUAAGUGACACUAUUACUGGUCUUCUGUCAUCACUGGUCACCAGCACCUUCAUAGUGGAGCAGCAGCCUCCACAGGUAUUGAAGAAGGAGUCUCGGUUCAGUGCAACAGUUCGACUGCUGGUGGGUGGGAAACUCAACGUUCACAUGAAUCCCCCACAGGUUAAAGCCACUAUUAUCAGUGAGCACCAAGCAAAAUGCCUCCUGUCAAAUGACAUAAAUGCCAAAAGUGAGAAAAGUGGUGAAAUUCUCAACAAUUGUGGAACCAUGGAAUACCACAGUGGUAGUGGGGAGCUCAGCGUCAACUUCAGAAAUAUGCAACUGAAGCAGAUCAAAAGGUCAGACAAAAAGGGUUCAGAGGCAGUAACUGAGGAGAAAUUCUGCAUCCUGUUCACAUCUGAUUUUAAUGUUGGAGGAAAUGACCUCGUCUUCCAAGUUUGGACACUUUCAUUGCCAGUUGUUGUGACGGUUCAUGGCAACCAGGAAUGUAAUGCAUUAGCAACAGUACUGUGGGAUAAUGCUUUUUCAGAACCAGGUCGGCAACCAUUUGCAGUUCCAGAAUCAGUUCCCUGGCCAAAACUCGGAGAACAGCUGUGCUUAAAGUUUCGGUCAGCAACAGGACGUGGCCUCAGUGAUGACAACUUGAACUACCUGGCAUCAAAGAUUUUUGGUCAGAAGAGUGAUUACUCUCAGACAGUUAUCUCUUGGACCCAGUUUAAUAAGGAAACACUUAGAGACCGGAACUUCACUUUCUGGGAAUGGUUCUAUGCUGUUUUGAAACUGACAAAGGAGCACUUGAAAGGUCCUUGGUGUGAUGGCUCCAUCAUGGGAUUUGUCAGUAAACUGCAGGCUCAGGAGUGGUUGAACCAAAAACCCAAUGGAACAUUCUUGUUGCGCUUCAGUGAUUCUGAAUGCGGUGGAAUCACCAUCGCAUGGAUUGCAGAGAGCAAUGCUCGAUCAGAUGAAAGAGAGGUGUGGAACUUGGCACCCUUCAUUGCACGAGACUUUUCCAUUCGUGGCCUGGCAGACCGCAUUAAGGAUCUGAACAACCUGACAUUUUUGUACCCUGAUAUUAGCAAGGAUUUUGCUUUUGGCAGAUAUUACACAUCAACUCAAGAUCAGCCUCCUGCAACCAAUGGCUACAUUCGUCCACAUCUUGUGAAUGUCAUCAGUAUGCCCUGUCCCCCAAUCAAUGACUAUGAGCCUCAUCGCCCAGCACAGAUCAUAUCUCCUUACUCACCUCCUAAUCCAGGAUCAUCUGUUCCACCUACACCCCAGAGCAACCCCUCUGACGACUUUCUGGCAGAUGAUACAUCUUCAAGCCUGACAGACAUUCUGUGUUCCACCGACUAUGACACCGAUGACAUCAUUCACAUCAAUGUCAACCAGCUGUUACAUAAUUUUAACUUUGGUGCGUCCUCCUGAGCUGCCACACAUCUGAACCAUGCUAAGGGGGACAGAUGACAAAUGCUGACAGUUUAAUUCUGGUCUAUUGUCUGUUGAUGAGGUUUUUUUGUAAAGGCGCAGUCCACAAGUUGGAGAGUACAACUAUGAUAAGAAGAGACCAGUGCAAACUGCCAAGCAUGUGUCAUGUCACUGGACAUCUAUAUUCAUGGUGGCUAGGGAGAGAGUGGGAUGCUGUGUGUGCAUGGAAAUAUCUUCGCAAGUCGAGAGCUGGAACAUAAUACUAUGCACCAUUUUAUAAUUGUUUGGUAAGCUUUACAUUUGAAGGUUUUUUGGGUUUUUCAUGACAACUUUUACACAGUUACACAAGAUUGUGCUUUCUAAGGAAUUUUUAUGCAAGUAGGUUAUAAUAGCUGUUAUUGUUACUUGCCUCAUGAUUUUAAAAUGUUGCUAGCUGGUAAAGUUAUAUAUUGCUCUUUAUUUGUUCACCCUAGAACUAACUUGGAGUCGAACAUGCCAUUGAACAUUGCUGAAUAUUUUUGAAUGUCCACCAUGUUGAUGCGUUUUGAAAUUAAGAUGCAUCAUGAAUCGGGAAAGUGAAGUGGUUUUGAUGAAGAACACAAAACUUGUGUGCUCUGUAUCAGAUUCUUAAUUACUGCAUGGUACUCUGUCCGGAAAGUGACAUAUCGACUUCUUGUUGCAGCAGAAUAUUCUGCUUCAUUUGCAGAGCAUGAGAUGUAAUUUUGUUUAAACAAAUGAUUCCUUAAUUGAUGUAUCUGCAGUUUGGGUUUCAGUCCACAGCCAUUCUUUUAUUGAAUGAGGGAUGAAGCCUUCUAUGAUUGGCCAAGUUUUUGAACCAUCGUUAUGUUUCAUAAUGUUUUUUUUUUUUUCGGAAAUGAGUUAGUGGUAAUGGAGGUGGGAUUAUGAUGGAAAUUUCAAGAUAUUACAUGAAGAGCUAGAGUGAGAGAUUGGCUUGAGUAUCAACUGUUUCAUCCUGGUGCCGUCCUGUCUGCCCAUUUCAUUCCCCGAAUUUCCACCCACAUCCAUUUGUCAGUCCUCUGGUUUUUGUUUUACCCCUCCACUCAACCCCUGCCAUUGCAUUCAUGUAGCUUAUUUGCUUCAUUGUCUGUGGCAGACUGUUGCCAUAAUGAUUAAGUGGUUGGUGAGCUUUUGGAUUGUGUUUAUCAAGCUAUACCACAUGUACAGAAAAUUUAUACUAUUUCUUUCUGAUGUAAAUCAUCUUUGAUGUACAUAACUAGAUAUAUAAAAACAAUUCAGCUAUAUGUUUUGAUUAAAAUAAUGCUUACAUGACUUGAUGCACAAAAUAAUAUCCUGUGCUUGUAUUGUCAGCAGUGUUCUUGAUUUUUUUUGUCAGAAAUUUUCAGCCAGUGAUACCUAUUUGCACUUUGAGGAAAAAUAAUAACAGAGAUCGAGGAUGGUGUUGAUAUAGAUAACAGUUUCUCAACAUAAUAAAUUAUUUCCAUUCUCA